UACACGUGAGGUGGAACAGCUAUUGUACACCGGGAGGCAACGUGCUGAAGCGUUCCUCUCGCCUGAAAAAACGGCGCUCUCACGUUUUCUGUGGAUUACAAGGAAACUGGAAAAGCCAUGCCGCGCUACCUGAUUAUUACAGAAAGCCCCAAAACUCUGCUCUAAUAGAGAUUGGCAAAGUUUUGAGCCAGUGAUCCUGAGCAGAAGUAAAUGAGUUGUGUGUGAUGGCCUAGUAGCGUGAAGACAAAUUAUUUUCACUCAUCAUAAUAAAUCUGUAACGUAUUCAUGUUUGUCGCUGCAGCAUAAACAAACCAGGAAACGUCACUGUGCCGAGACCAGACAAAACAAGUUGCCUGUUCUCCUCGAAGUGUGGCACGAGGGAAGGUGUGUCUCAUAAAUAAUAAGCGAGAAUUGAUCCGCCUGUUAAGCUCCGCCCCCCUCCGCUAGCCUCUCGCUUGUUCUGUGAGGCGUGACGUCACGUGAACUGCCCGUGUCCGUUCCAGCUGAGAGGGAAGGAGAGAGAGAGAGAGAGAGAGAGGACUGUCGGACGUGGACGUCGCGCGGCCCAAACACAGACCGAAGCCCGUGCGCCCGUGACUGGAUCCACCGGAUGCAAAAAAAAGUACAGACAGAAAAAGAGGAAACGACCCCCUCCUCCCCCCACGACGGACAGCAGAGCGCGACAGCAGAAGAGAGAAACACCAAUACAACUUGUCAUCUGACCAACACAGCCACUGCCCUCGUCGCUGUUUUUUUUCCUCUCUCCUUCUUUUUUGUGGCUGUACACACUGUUUCGUUGUUUUGUUUAAAAGGGGGAUUGGCUUUGCAAUUUGUUCUGGCUUUGUGCUUUUGGAUUGCCGCGUGAUUAACUCGUGAUAUCACAAUUUAAGUUUUAAUUGUGACAUUGUCGUGUCCGCGCGGUGUGCGGGUUUCAUUGUUAUUUCCACGCCUUUGCGUUCUUAUUAUGGACAGUAUUCUCACUCAGAUGGUCUGACUGAUCCUCCCACACUGAGAAUAACAGCUUGAUCUGCUGAACAGUUUUAACAGCAUCCAACUGCAAUGGAAUAUUUCGAUGAAGAUAUUUCUGCAGGAAUAUAAGAAACUCUUCAGAACUACAAGUGAAAGAGUCAUCCAUCCAGCACACUAUUGGUAGGUACUCCGGUCAGUUUGCCACGCCCCUUCAAAAGCCCCAGGUGUCUUUCUGCAACCCCGUCUGGUCCAGGAUGUCCAGGCAGCUCUCCCAGCUUCCGACCCCCGAUCUCCCAGCUGGUGCAAGCCCACAGUUUGGAAGUUGUACUCAGCCUGCAGGGGGCUCCCUCACAGGGGGGCAUCUCAACUCCAUGACAGGUCUUAAAUCCCUUCUGCAUCACCCCAUGAAGGGAGACCAACGCCUGAAAAGCCCAUGUGAUGCAAAAGAUAAAGAGAGGCUGGACCUUGAUGAGGACUCCUUGGGCGUGUGCCCCAUGAGGAAUGGCAGUGGAAUAGGCAACAGUAAUAGCAGUAAUGGCUGUGGAGGAGGUGGAGGUGGAAAUGGCGGAGGCAGUUUCAACCAGUUCUUGGGCCCUCUCUUGUGGGAUCGCACCCUGCCUGCAGAUGGGGGACUCUUCCAGCUUCAGUACAUGGACUUGGAGGAGUUUCUGACUGAAAAUGGAAUGGGCAGCAUUCACAACAACAACAGUUCCAGCUCAGCUCAGAUCCCCUCACAGAGCUCCCAGUCAGCUGUUCCCAAUCAGAGCUCCCAGUGCCUACCGCCCUCAUCCCCACCUGGCUCUUCAUCUUCGUCACCGUCUUCCUCUUCUUCCCCAUCACUCAUUGGCUUGGAAGUGGCUCAGCCGCAGAGCCUCGCAGGAGGGAGCGACUGUCUGCAUGGGAGCCAGACAAGUAUGAACGACUCCUGUGAGUCACCCUGUUCCUCCUCCUCGUCCUCCUGUCCACCUCUGCUGACGCCCACGGGCAGCGGGCCAGAUGUGGUUGGGAUGUUUGACAUGGAUCCUUCAGACAGCCUGUCCAGUUCCUCUGGCCAACAUAACUUUGAUCCUAUGAGGCACACCUUCAGUGAAGAGGAGCUCAAGCCACAGCCGAUGAUCAAGAAGGCUCGCAAGAUCCUGGUGCCUGAUAACAUGAAGGAUGAAAAGUAUUGGACCAGGAGGUAUAAAAACAAUGAAGCAGCAAAGCGUUCCCGAGAUGCUCGCCGUCUUAAGGAGAACCAGAUAUCAGUCCGUGCUGCUUACCUGGAGAGAGAGAACGCGGCUCUCCGACAGGAAGUGGCCGAGAUUCGGAAGGAACUGGGCCGCUGUCGCAACAUCCUUAGUAAAUACGAGAAUCGUCUCGCUGACCAGUGAUGAAGGCGUGGAGCAAAAUCAGGAAGAGGAAGAACAAAAGCUGGAUUAAAUUUUAAGACUUGGAAUUUUUAGGGUGGCACGAUGGACAGAAUGGUGUCAAGAAAAUGGUGAUGAUGAUGAGGAAGCUGAUGAUUAUGAUGAUGAAUGUAUAAGACAGGGACAAGGUUUGUGUAAUGAAGCUCAGGUGUUUUGUUUUGUUGAGGUGUCAGCUCUUAAAAGUGAAAGGCAGAGAGAAUAAUUUAACAGAUGAAAGAUGUGACUUUUAAGAGUUUUGUUAUUGGAGAAUUGUAUAUUUUUAUAAUACUUAAGAAAAAUUAGAGGGAGAGCAAAUUUGAAGAAUAAUUUUGUAUAUUUUCUACAUGAUGAGGACAUACAGGCGGGGCAAAGCUAUGGUAAAUAUCUUUUUAUUAUAGAUGAGUCAGGAGAUGUUUAACAGGUGGUCAGCCAUUGAUUGGUAUUUUUCAACUUAAUUAUUAUAGUCAGGAUGCAGCAGAAGAGGCGAGGACGCAUGUAACAAUUGUAAUAUAGAGAGCAAAAAUGAUCUUAUAAUCGUAUAGUUCAACAUUUUUGUGGAUUUAACUCAAGCACUUAAUUUUUUUUCCUGAUAUGUUGCUGUCACAGGGAAUGGGCAUGACUGAGAGAGAGAGACAAGGGGAGGCAACAUGUAAACAGUAUAGCACUAUCUUCAGCACUUGUCUUGAUCAGUCUCGUGGGUUUUUUUUUUUUUCUUUUUUAAAUACAACAGUUCCGUCCUUUUGAAUUCAAUUCCCCAACUACGUUAGUUCUUUGUUCUUUGAGCUUCACUUUAUGCCUUUGGUACAUCUUUCUCUUGUCCAUUCUUGUAUCUUUGACUAUUUUUUUCCCCCUCUGUGCCAGUUUGAGUGCUUUUAAUCUGCUUUGGUGUUUUGUAUCUUACCUAAGCUGGUGAAAGCCUGCUGUUGUGAUGCCCUGGGUAACUCUGCUCCUCUUGAUCCUCUCUGAAUUAUUGGGACUUUUCUCUUCCUCUGUUUCUAUAUCCAACCGUUCUAUUUCUGUCUGCUCUCACUCACGGUCAAUCCCCUAACAGCUAUGUGCAAACUCUCCCCACGAAAUUGUUGUCCCCGUGUCUCUCUUGUACCUCUGUGGUACACGGAGUAGUUCAGAUCUCACUGUUGUAAUGUAUUCUGAAGUAGCUGUUAAUCAUCCCAGUAAAAUGCACAUCUUUACUUUAUUGUAUUACAUGAACACACUUUAAUUAGAGUUAUAGUUAGUGUGUGUGUGUGUGUGUGUGUGUGCGUGUGUGUGUGUGUGUGUGUUGGGGGGGGGUAUAUUAGAUAGUUUGUAUGUAUUUCGGGAGACGGGUUCCCAUUGGGCAGACUGGUGUUUCUCAGAUUUCUGGGAGAAAUUAAAGCCAAAAUAACCCCUUGUUGAUCCACAAAGCUUGUUGCUGUUUAGUGCAUUUCUUUCAAUGCUGCUCCUUCCUUACUGUUUUACUCUUCUUAUUACUUUUUACUGUAUCUAUAAACUUCUCUGUGUACCCACAACACCUACACAGGGGGAUGGUACACUUUGUUAUGUUCCUGGGGUUGGGUUGACCAGUCAUAGAGUGUGAUUUUUAAUCCCCUUUAAUGACCAUGAUGAAUAGUUACCAUUACUACUAUUAUUAUUGUUAUGAUUAUGAUGAUUAUCCCUCUUGUUGUUGCUGUUCUAUAUUAUUGAAUGAUUUUCUUUCUUUGGAUGAACAUGAUCUGUUGCACCUUGAAACAUCUUCGAUCUUCAUUGUUCCCUAGAAAGACAAUUCAAAAGGAAAAACAAAAAAACCCUCACUGUCUGCUACGUGCAUCCUGUCUCAGACCUCCAGACGUUACUCGGACACUGCUGCCGGCUUCGGGUUCUUUGACCAUGGAUUUCACGAGCACGGCUCCGUAACUUGAUGUGACGAACAUGAUGUUCAUGCAGACUUACUUUACCUUUCAUGAUGACCUCUUCUGUUCCCCGGCGUUGUAUGGACUAUGCACACUAUCAGUAUGCUCAUUGUCAGUUUAAUUCAGUCUUCAUCACCUCAGUCAGUGAUUGUUUGCUCUCCCAACAGGAUUUAGUCUCUAAUAUCCUCACACAUGUGUUUGAUAACUCUUUUAGUGACUCUAAUUGAACUACAACUGCCCUGCUGCAUCAGUGGUGUCCAUGGUGCCCAGCCCUGUCAGUGCUGGUUAUUUGGAUGUAGUUGAGAUUUUUCCAAAACCACCAAUAAAAGAUUGUUCUCAUUCACACUG